AUGUCUGACGAGCCACCCUCUGCAGAGCCGGAGCCGUUAUGGGCCCUCGAGGCGAUUCCUGCGCACCUCCGCCACCGGCUGGACGCCCUCAGCGGCGCCGCCAUCUCGCAGACCGCCUCCGCCUACGAGGGCUUCGGUUCUUUUCACUCGGAAAAUGUGGAGGAUCUCGUCGCGAAGGAUACAGCAACGUAUCGCCCACCGAAACUUCCACAAUUUGCCAGGCGGAUAACGGGACGCAGUGAAUUGGAGAAGAGUCUCACCAGUGAAAACAAAGAGAAUGGAGAAAAGAGAGAGCAAGUAAAUGAUGAAGGUAAAAUUAUUCCAUCAUGUGAGUUUGGCCUUCCGUUCCGACAGGAGCAUUUUACUAUUACACCAGAAUUUGUAUUUAUAAAUCAUGGUGCCUUUGGAGGUUCACUCCUUGGUGCAUUGGCAAUUAAACAUCGUUAUGAAGAACUCAUGGAGCGUGAGGUGGUGGAGUUUAUGGACCGCGACCUCCUUCCACUUAUCGUUUACAGUGUUCGUCGUUUGGCAGAAUUUUUUAACGCUGAUCCUCAACAAGUUGUUCUUUUGCAAAAUGCAACCUAUGCAUUAAAUUGCGCAAUUCGUUUAAUUGAAAAAGAUGAUGUUGUGGUAUUUUUUGAUACUGAGUACCUUUCCGUUUACAAAAUGAUGUAUUUUCGAUGUAAAGAGGUUGGUGCAGUUUUUCAUGAAAUUGCACUUUCCAAAUAUUUACAUGAUACAAAAGUAAUGGGGGAUGAUGAUGCCCUUACAGAUGAAAUAUGUCGAAAUCUUCCUAAUGGAUGUACAACAGUAAUUCUUGAUUAUGUCACUUCGACGAGUGCCCUUUGUUUACCUUUAUUUACACAUAUUAUUCCUGCAUUACGACGUCAUGGUGUAACAAAGAUCAUCGUCGAUGGAGCUCAUGCACCUCUUCAGAUUAACCUAAAUUUUCAAGAUUUACCAGUGGAAGCAAGACCAAGUAUUUUUGUGGGAAACCUACACAAAUGGUUUUCUGUUUCAAAAUCUGUUGGAUUUAUGUGGGUACAUGAGACCUUUGUGGAUUCUAUUCGUGCUGUCGUUCUAUCUCAUGGAGCUGGUGAUGGUCUUCUCUCUGAAUUUAUUUGGGAUGGAACCCGUGAUUAUGGUGCCUACCUUUGUAUUCCUGCAGUAAUUGAUUUUUGGCGUGCUCAGGGUCUUGAUCGUGUACGAAAGCAUUGUUCUGAUUUGUUGAAAGGUGCAGCGGAAAUGCUUACAAAAAGUUUUGGAACACGUCCUGUCGCUCGUCACGCACCUUUUAUGUCUCUUGUGGAACUUCCAAAGGAACUACAAGAUCCACGUGUAACUGCAAAGUACAUUCAGGAUCUACUUCAUGAUGUAUACAAGGUGGAAGUCCCUGUAAAACGUGUAGAAGGUAGAUUUUACGUACGCAUCAGUGCAUUUGUCUAUAAUACCCCAAGUGAGUACGCCUACCUUCGUGAGGCAAUCCUCGAUAUUGCUCGAAAAUGGGUACGUUCACGGGAGCAAUUGGAUUUUCAAGGGUAUGAGGCAGGUAUGCCUAGUGAUGAUGGGUCAACACUUCCAUCUGAUAAACGAAUUCGUGAAGAAGGUGGAUGCGGUGUAUCUGGUCUUGACCCAGGUUUAAAAAGAAGAAAGAGUUCCAAAUUUUGA